AGCAGCCAUCAGUAUCAUUGGUAACACCUAUGUUUACCCUACUAUUUCAUGUUACUGCUGUGAAAAAGGUCUAAUUGGGCAACAAUAAUACAAGGGAAAUGUGUGCUUUUUCAUGUCAGGGCCCAUUUUAGUCCGAGAUGUUUGUCCCUGUAUUGAGAUAUUCUUCAGUAUAGAUUUCAUUCUAGAGCUAAUACAUACCUCGGUUGUCUGAAAGCAGACUAAAUACUUUCUAAAUACUAUCCAGAUGAAUGCAGAUGUCUGAAUUUUUGCUAGAAUGUUCCAUUUAUAGUUUUUCUGCUCUGUUUCCCUGCCUCCCUUCAGACCCACUGAGCAUGGACAGCCUCCAGUCGCUGUCGUCGGACUCAGCCACCCUGGCCAUGCAGCAAGCCAUGCUGGGAGCGGACGACUCCAUGGACGGCACCGAGGAGGAGGACGAAGAGGAGGAGGAGGAGGAAGAGGAGGAAGGAAUGGAAGAGGAAGAUGAGGAGGAAGACGGGGAGGAGGAAAACGACAGGGGGAGGCAAAUGUCCAGCAUAGGAGGAGGGGGGAGGAGAGAUCUGAGCAUGGAGCACAGAGAGGAACUGGAGUAGUGGAAUAGAGUAUGAACUUUGACCUCAGUUGUCCCUCUCAGUUCGGCUAUAUUCAAACUCAACUAGGACGACUCAAAUGCUAAGUGACUCUUGAGAGCAUUUAAGGGUGUAUUUCUCCAAAUUCAUCAGAGACUCUUGUGCAGAGCCACCAUGGAGUCUAAUUGGACACACCAUGAUCAUGAUUAUAGAGGAUGAAUAAUAGUUUACUGAUGAAUAUGUGUUGUUUCAUUUGACUAUAGUAUGUUUUCAUGCAGUGAGCUCUUGAAAUAUUUGGAUAGUAGCACAUUUCUUUACUCUUCAGUCUGUUAUCUGUGGGAGGAAAUGGCACAGGAACUAAAAGGUUGAAAAGAUUACUGCUGGUUUUAAAUUGAGUACUGUUAGAGCGACAGAAAAAAAGAUGAUUAUGUCCGGUGCUUUCAGAGAGCCAUGACAUUUUCAAGCUGUUUUGAAUUCAGGUUAAAGUGAAGUGAAAAAGGAAAUGCUAGACGGGACAAUGAGGAGUGUUGAGUUGUUGCACAAGGAUCCAAAAAAUCUUUGCACAGUGAGAAGUUUUGACUUGUGAAAAACAACUGCUUAAAGGUUAUAUAUAGAAAUUCACUUGCCACUUGGUGUUGCACUAGAGCACCAGCAUCUCAAACCAAAACAAUGGGACAGAAACAAAAUAAAACUUUUCAGUCUUUCCAACAAUCACCAACUCUGGUUUUGUCAAAUUAAACCUCAACUCACUAAGUUACAUGUGAAAAUAUUCUUGAUAUCGUAAUAUAACUUGCCAUACUCCAUGCUCAUUUUGCCUCUCAGAAUAUCCGUAAUGUAUCACAUAGUAACUCCAUUCAAAGUGCUUGUUUUGGCCACUGACAGACUCAGAUUGUUAUUCUAAACAUCUGACAACACUAAGGAAAGGGUGCCUACAGAAAUAUUACAUUUUCUUUAACCAGAAACAGCCGUAAUUUUGCUAUCGCUCACUACCUACGCUAAUUGUUUUUACUAAAAAAAAUAAAAACAAAAAAAUGUCACCAAAAACAUCUUUGUUAGUCUUUCCACUCUUCCAACAAUCACAAACUCUGGUUUGAUUCUGGUUUAAAUCCUUAAUUCACCAAUGUAGAUGAUAAAAGCAGUUUCAGUCACUCUCCUCAGCUGCACAGGGAGCAGACCGGCUAUGGAAACAAAGCACAGAGAGCGGAGGGAGUAGUGUAACGACAUUGUCAGCUCAGGACACAAUGACUCCACUGUAACUUUACAUAGCAAAUUGUUGUUGUUUGCUAUAUUAAUGUUUCUCUAUAUAUAACCUUUAAUUGAAUGUAAUCUGUCUAAAUAUUUUGGCAGCAUGAAAUGAGUUAUGAAAAGGGGCUAUAGGUUUUUUUUAACUGUUCGUUUCAUGUGACUCAAAGUAGGUCUCACUUUUCAACUGACAAGUCUGCACUUUAACUUUACAGUUAAUGUGUCAUUUCACUUCCUAAAAUAAGAAUGAGGAGUCAAAGGGAAAAAAAGGGUGUGAUGCUGUCCAAAUAUCUGCAGAAGUGACUAUAUGUUGGCUUCUACUGCUGGGACAUCAUUCACGCCUUUUUAAAUGACUCAUAGGUUCUCAGGUCGAACAACACUCGGCAUGUCUCUUCCUCAUGAGUGCAACACUUGACUCAUUGCUGCAGCAAACCUUUUUCGAGCAUGACUUUUGAAACAUGUUUUUUUCUUAUCCCAUAAGCAAAAAAAAAAAAAAAAAACUAGGAACCCAGUGUAUACAGACUG